AUGGCGCCGCUUCUCGAUGGAAUCUACACCAUUGCAAACAACGUUCAGCAUUAUCCAGUUCUCGACCUUGAUGGCGCUACCAACCCCUUUGCAAGCCCCAUCGCUGGUGUUGUCGGCUUCACUAAUAAUGGCCCUGGGACCAAGAACCAACAGUGGAUAGUAACUACACUUCGCCCAGGUGUCUACAGUCUGCAGUCAGCAUUUGCCGGCAACACUUGGUUGGCUGCUCCCACUGAUGGCGCAACCCUUGCUCAAAUCGAGUCGUCUAGAUACGACCCCGUCUAUAACGAGGUCACUCGCUGGAAGAUUACCAACAUUGAGGGCAACAACUACCAAAUUGAGAGUGUGCCAUUCCCUGGCAAAGUUAUGGAUCUCGAGAUGGCUAAUCCUACCGACGGCACUCGCGUCAUUCUAUACCCAAACAACAAGACUCCCAACCAGAUCUGGACAUUUAUCCCUAAUGCGAUUCCGUGA